AUGGGGGCAGUGGCAUCUGCCAUGCCUGCUGCAAGAAGACGUGACGGCAAGCCGUCAUCGUCUCCUGAACGUUCCCGGGCCAAACUCGAGGACGAUGCAGCUCCAGUACUAAACACUAUAGCCACAUCUAAGGUGGCCAUCGCUUACUCUGGUCAUGAUGUUAACUUACAAAAAUACUUGGAUAUAAUAAAAUCAUGUGAAUCUACUGAAAACCCAGUUGAUGUGAUUCGAAUACGUGUAAAUGAUAAAGUCAAAGAUCGACUACAGAUGGUCACGUUAAGAAGUCAAUGGCCACUCGUAUUCAUCAAGGGAGACGCAGUGGGUGGACUAGAUGAGCUGAAGAAACUUGCUGACACAAAAGUAUUAGAAGAGUGGUUAAAGGAUCACAAAUAUGAUUUGAUUGUGAUCGGUGGAGGCUCUGGUGGUCUGGCUGCAGCGAAAAUGGCUGCACUGCAUGGAAAGAAAGUUGCCGUACUAGAUUUUGUCAAACCCUCACCUCAAGGAAGCACUUGGGGUUUGGGAGGCACUUGUGUGAAUGUUGGUUGUAUUCCUAAAAAACUCAUGCAUCAAGCAGCAAUUUUGGGACAUUCAAUAAAAGAUGCAAAGAUGUUUGGCUGGAAAAUACCUGAGGGGGAAAUCAAUCAUAGCUGGGAGAAUCUCAAGAAUGGCGUCCAAGAUCACAUAUCCUCGCUAAACUGGGGAUAUCGUGUCCAGUUGCGCGAAAAGCAGGUUACUUACAUAAACUCGUAUGGCAGAUUCACGGGACCGUUCGAGGUUUCAGCUACGAACAAGAAAGGGCAAGUGGAGAAGUUGACAGCAGAUCGCUUCCUGAUUGCUACUGGCCUUCGCCCACGAUAUCCACCAGAUGUUCCCGGUGCUCGAGAAUACUGUGUCUCAAGGUCGGUGAUUUGCAUUUUUCCGAUUUGUGAGACCUUUUGGUAUGGGGGAAUAUCAUUUGAUGUCCGAGUAUAUCGCACCAUUAACCUUAUCAGAGCCUUUUUUAGUGAUGAUCUUUUUUCACUUCCGUAUCCUCCCGGAAAAACGCUUUGUGUUGGUGCUUCCUAUGUUUCACUUGAAUGUGCCGGUUUUCUACAAGGAUUGGGUUAUGAUGUAACAAGAGUGAUGUUUUCUUCAGGUAAUGGUGAGGUCAAUCCUGUGAGAGAUUUUGAUCAAAGAUAA